AUGGAAAAUUCUGUCAACAUCGAAAAGGAUAUAGCUGCUCAUAGGAAAUUUUGAAAAACGCUCGUUGGCUUGAAGAAAUCAAUCUUUGGUCAGACUCCCGGAACUAAAGAAAUUCUAUAUAAGCGAGGAAGGAGAAUGCUGAUGAUCAACAGAUAUCGUGGCAUGUUACAAGCAGAGAAACCUGUGACUCUGCACGAAAAAUUAGACCUCUUGCGUAGGAAAAAACUUCUUCGCCAAAAAGAAUGAGCAUUAAUUUUUAAUGUCCAAGACCUGGCCAAUCAAGUCUUUCAAAUUGAACAGCAAUGCGGAGAAGCUUUAACUCCCCCCCUCCGUGAGUGAACAAAAACAUUAGAAAAAUCGCUAGUUUUGCCCAAAAACCCACCCUCCGUGAGUGAACAAAAAUGUUUUAAUAGAAAAUUUUUUUAUUGAAAAAAAUUUUGAUAUAUAAAUGAUAAUUAGUAUAAUGAAAUCUAGAGCUAAUUCUGUUUAAUUUUAAACGAAUUGCUUUUUAAAACAUAAAUUUUACAAAUUAAAUUAAUAUUUGCUUUCCAAUUUUUGCGAAUUAGGAUUUUUUUAAAUUUCGAAAAAAAAAAAUUUUUUUAUAAAAUUUAUAUAUAAUUUUUUUUUAAAAAAAAAAUUAACUCCCCUCCGUGAGUGAACAAAAUUUUUUUGUUCACUCGGAGGGGUGGGGGAGUAAGUAACUUUCGUAGCUUAGAUUAA